AAAAUUGAUGCUGAUGAAUGGCUGAAAUCGUCCAGUGGAGCUUUGAAAGACCAGUCGUCCGCCAGGUGGGAAGUUUCAACGAAUCGUGGUCUGGUGAGCCGUGUCAAUGGCCUGUUUUCUAGCAGAAGCAACGAAAGCUCUGGCGAAGUGGUUGGAAGGGCAUGCCUACUGACCUCAAGUGCUAGCGGCAUUAAUGAGGACCAGGCGCAGUGCGGUGUGGAUGAGCCGGUAGAUAGUCAUGAUGAGCUGACGAGUUUCGGAGAUGAGUCGUGCAACGACAUUACUGAAGCAAUUGAGCACCUGGCUCGAUUCAGAAGAACGAGCAAUUCAGAGGUGGUUCAAGCCAUCCUACAACGUCCCAUCGGGGACGUGUCUGCCUCCUUCCAAAUUCUUCUUAAUUUUCAGCGACUACGUGCAGGGGUCUACAUGAUGGACCACACAGUUCCAGGAUGGCGACCUCUGGAGACAGCCUUUUUCAAGCAUUUUAUGGAUCCGGUUCGUACGAAGCGUCUGGUUAGCACUGGUGGAGGUGAUGAAGUCGCGGAGAAAAUUAUGGACCUGAAUGAAAGCACCUCCAUCAGCAUGAUCAAUUGGUGGUGGUGUCCACUUCUUAUAAGGGAUUCGAGAACCUGCUCAUGUCUUUCUCCAACUGAUGCUUUCCUGGGCUGUCGAUUAGACAAAAGGGCCUUCAGAAAAGAAUUGAUUGCAUCCAUCGACGCUUUCGACAAAAAGGUGCUCUAUCAAGCACGAGAUCAAAGCGACGCUGACUUGGUGCCUAGCAGAGCAUCCACCAAGACAUUGGACAAUCAACGACCCAAGCAAAUAAAGGCGAGUUUACAAGACUGA